AGAUUUGUGUGCCUUAGUAAUCAGUCAGAAUGUUAUCACGUAUUCAAUAAUGUUAAACUUUCUCAAUGUUCAGAUACCGCCACGUAGGGAACCCGAUCAUCCGGCUCCUACUCAGGCUACUGUAGUCGCCCAGUUCCGCGACUAUCAUGCUGAAAAGUUCUCAGGGCAGGUAGAUCCUCGCAUUGUAGAUGAAUGGAUUCAGGGCUUGGAGUUUAUCUUUGAGGUCAUGGACUGCCCCGAUAGAUAUCGUGUAGUUUGCGCUCAGCUUCAGCUCACUGGUGAUGCUAGGCUCUGGUGGAAUGCCUACUGGAGCAUGCAUCCCGGUGAAAAAGCGGGUUGUACGUGGAACAUGCUCAAGGAGCUAGUCCGCGAAAAGUACUACCCCUCCUACUAUCGGGCAGAGAUGGAGCGUCAGUUCUUAGCGCUCCAGCAGGGAACUCGUACAGUUGAUGAGUACGAGCGAGAGUUCACUAGACUUGCAGCUUUCGUACCGGACCUGGUUCGCACGGAGGCCCAGAGAGCGCAGCGGUUCAUCGAUGGGCUUUACCCAGCGGUCCGUCACAACAUCUGCCAUAUGGGACAGGACAUCUGCUACUAUUGCCACGAGUCUGGACAUUUUGUGAAUCGCUGUCCGAAGAGACUCCAGCAGCAGCCUCAGCAGCCUCCGCAGCCACCGCAGCAGCAGCAGCCACGUCAGCAGGCACAGAGGCAGCCUCAGCAGAAGCAGCAGAGGGGCAGACAGCAGGCCCGAGUUUAUGCGGUCGAUCAGGCAGAGGCAGCACAGCAGCCAGGUACUAUGUCAGGGAUGGUUGUGCUUAAUGAUAUUCCUGUUUUUGCUUUGUUCGAUACUGGAGCAACGCAUUCAUUCAGAUCACGACGAUGUCUCGAUGCCAUCGGAGUUCACGCCGUUACCGCUGUCGAUCCUCUCGAGGUGAGUCUAGCCUCGGGACGAAAGAUAGUGACCUCAGCUAAAGCCUCAGAUCUUAGCCUUUCUAUCGGUGGUCGAGUAUUGUCUACCGACGCGUUUGUUCUCGAGAUGAGGGACUUCGACCUUAUUCUCAGAAUGGAUUGUCUAUCCUUCUAUCAUGCAGACAUCAGGUGUCAUGACCGGGAGAUUACUCUCUAUCUUCCGGAAGACGAGUCGAUCACUUUCUUUGGCUCAAGGAAUCGUUCACUGCCUCAUGUUGUUUCGAUGGCGAAAGCCACUAAGCUACUGCGACGAGAAAACUGCCAGGGUUAUCUGGUGAGCCUUGUCGAUGAUUCUCAGAAAGCGCGAUCACCUCAUGAUGUUCCAAUCGUUCGCGAGUUUGUGGACGUGUUCCCAGACGACCUUCCAAGAGGACCGCCUAACCGGCAGGUGGAGUUCUCUAUCGAUCUUAUUCCAGGGGCCGGUCCA